GCUAAAGCGACGUGUCGCGGCGGGCAGCGAUGCCAGCCCGGCUCCCUGCGCGGCUUUCCUCGGGUUCCCUCAGCUCCUGCUGACAGAGCCUGGCCCAGUCCUAACGCCCCCACUGCCCCUGCGGCUCCUGCAUUCCCACCCGUCUCCCUGAGCCCGCGGCACUAGGCUCCUUGUCCCGGGCAGCAGCCCCGGUCAUCCUGACUACCAACAUUCACAGCUUCUAAACAGAACGUGACUAAAUUGAGAACCGAUGACAGUUUUCCAGUAGUGAACAAGUAAACAAACAUCAAACCAACCUGCGUCAGAUCAUUUGUGCAGCAAAUGUGAACAUUAAACUGUGCAACAUUAAAGAUACUGGUGUCAUGUUUUUACAGCACAUGGAUGCUUAAUACCAAUACAGCUACCAAACCAUGAAGACUAAAACCAAAGGAAAGAAGCAAAGGCGUACUGUUGACAAAGAAGCAUUUUCUGAGGAGUCAGCUGUGAGAAAAAAAGAACUGGUGAAAUGUUUGCGACGCAAAGAAAGGAGAAGUGGGGGAAACAAGGACAGUAGCAAGAUCACUACAGCCAGAGCCAAGCAUUCUUGGAGCAAUAAGGACAGGCGCUUAAGGAGACUGGAAAGCAAUGAGCGGGAGAGGCAGAGAAUGCACAAGCUCAACAGUGCAUUUCAGGCUUUGCGGGAGGUGAUACCUCAUGUGAGAGCUGAGAAUAAACUUUCCAAAAUAGAGACUCUUACACUGGCGAAAAAUUACAUUAAAUCCUUGACCUCCAUUAUACUCAAUAUGUCCAAUGGACACUUUCCAGCAGCAGAAGGCAUGGGGGCUGCCUGGGGGUCCAAAGUGUACCAGCACCAUCAACAGCAAUGUGGGGACGGCGAUCAUGAGGAACAUCUACAGAAAUAAUCCACAGGUUCACAGCUUUAGCCAAAACACUUACAGUCAGCAGCUACCGUCAUUCUUUGCUUUUCUUGCAUGAUAACAUGUCAGUACACAGAGGAUUUGAGAUUACUUUUUGCCUCCAGCUAUCCCCUAUUUUUUCUUAAAAAGGCAAACAGGUAACACUGUUUCCACAGCAUCCAGCCUUAUGGAGUUUUUCUUUAGUGUGCGCCUGGGUGCCAUUGUAAUACAAAUAAGGGACAAAUGUCUUAUUUUUACUAAAACUAUGAUUAAAAUGCUCAAGCGUAAUGAUAAGUUAGACAACAAUAUCUAAUUAUAAAUUAUUUGCUAAUGAAGAUCAUGUGAUCAGGAUUUUUUUCUGUGUUAGUGCUGCAUUCUGGUGCUAUAAAACAUAAAUGCAGCAGCUCUUCAAAAGAGGAAAAUAAGCUUCACCCCCAUCUUACUAUAAAAAGUUCUGUGUCACUAAGGAGCCCUCAUUUCCACUUGUAUAACAAGCUGAGGUGCCCCCAGCUGGAACUGUAUUUCAGCCCCUCCUACCAAGAUUCCAGAAGUCCUAUGCUGACAGGACAGCUGUGGCUCUGUGGUGUGGACAAAGGCAGAAUCCGGCAUCUCGUGCACUGGAGAGGAUUGAUAACAGUAUGUGACAUGGUCCUUCUCUCUGUAAAGCAGGGCUGUCCAAGGAGAAAUGUCGGCUGGGGAUUUAUCAGAUCCAUCACCGGAGGUUUACACUACAGAGCGUAGUUUUUAACAUGCUAUUUGUUUUGCUCCAGCAGGACUGAUAGCAUGGCAGUUUCAUUCGGACUAAAAUGUCACAAUUCCCGGACAGACCGGUAAGGGAUGUGAGUUACUUUUCUCCACGAUAGCGAUCUACAGUUAUGAGGGAGAAUAAUGUAGUAUUUCUUAUGUAUGUGUAGUUACCUUACUGCAGAAAUUAUUUGGAUCCUGCCUCAAGCUGUGAUUUUCUGAGUUUCCAAACUGUUCUCUGCUGCAAUAGCCCAACAAGUGUUCAAUCAUUUAAGUAUUAUUUACUCAGCUUGCCAUAACCGUGCUAUCUUACUUCAAGCGCAGGGAAGCUGUGGCUGCCCCAUCCCUGGAGGGGUUCCAGGCCAGGUUGGAUCGGCCUUGGAGCCCCUGAUGCAGUGGGAGGUGUCCCUGCCCGUGGCAGGGGGUGGGACUGGAUGGGCUUUAAGGUCCCUUCCAACCCAAACCACCCUACGAUUGUAUGAUUUUUCUUUCAGUUGUCCUACUCGGUACCUCUUCAGGCCCGAGCA